AUGCCUGCUGCCACGACCGAAACCGUCGUUGAAGUCAUACCCACGAAGCCGCUCAUUAUUGGCCAGGGGGACUGGAUUAGAGUGGUGGAGAAAGAAUAUAAAGACCCCAACGGCAACAUCCGGACAUGGGAGUCGGCCGAGCGCGUUACGCGGCCUGAGGGUUGCGAUAUUGACGGCGUGAGCGUCGUAGCUAUCGUCGAAAACGAUAAUCGUCCGGAGGUUGUUCUGCAGAAGCAGUACCGCCCGGCCCUAGAACGAGUGGUCAUCGAACUACCUGCUGGCCUGGUAGAUGAGGGCGAGACUCCCGAGCAGGCCGCGAUCCGCGAACUCGAGGAAGAAACGGGGUACGUUGCCAAGGUCGAGGACAUAUCGCCCGUCAUGUUCAACGACCCCGGUUUCUGCAACACGAACCUGCGCAUGGUACAUGUCACGUUGGACAUGGAUCGGGUCGAGAACAAGGAUCCGAAGCCCAAACCGAAGGAGGACGAGUUCAUCGAGGUGUUUCGUGUGCCGCUAGCCGACCUGUGGGAUGAGUGCGUCAAGUUCGAAGCGAAAGGGUACGCUAUCGACGCGGGGGUAGCGAGCCUGGCUGAAGGGAUCAAAAUCGCUACAAAGUUUAACCUCUGA